AUGCCUCCAAGACAGGACCCCACUAACGCUCAGUUGGCCCAGGCUAUGGCCCAGCUGGCGCAGGUCGUCGCCCAGCAAGUCGCCGUUACUACUGCCCAGACUGCAGCCCAGGCUCAGCGAGAGGCAGAAGAGAAUAAUAGGAGAGCAGAGGAGGAAGCUCGAAGAGCUCAGCGAGCCGAGAGGGAAUUGGCUCAAGAUCAGAUUCGCAUGAGAACAGACUUCAACCGGCACGCACCGCCCAAGUUCCAAGGAGAAGCUGAACCCGAAAAGGCUGAUCUAUGGGUUCAGGAGAUGGAGAAGAUCUUUGAGGCACUCCAUACCCCGGAUGCCGAGAAGGUCAACUUGGCCACUUUUAUGCUGAAGGGUGAUGCUGAGUAUUGGUGGCGUAGUGCCAGACAGCUGAUGAUGGCCAACCAUGAGGUCAUCACUUGGGAGUCUUUCAGAAAGGCGUUCAUGGAUAAGUACUUCCCGGAAACAGCAAGGGAAGAAAUGGAGAACAGGUUCCUCAGCUUGAGGCAAGGACCUACCUCUGUGGGAGAGUAUGCUGCACGUUUGGAAGCCCUAUCCAAACACUUUCGAUUCUUCCAGAACCAGGUGGAUGAGGCUUACCUAUGCAACAGGUUCAUGCGAGGGUUGAGGAAUGAGAUUGAGAAGACUGUGAGGCCUUUGGGAAUCAGGGUCUACCAACAGCUAGUGGAGAAGGCCCGUGAAGUCGAGGCUAUGGAAAACAGGCAGAGGGGCCGCCCAGAGAACGGAGGGUCAGUACGCCCGGGACAGAAUCAACCGGGAAGAUUCAAUGGACAGAGACCAGUGGGGAAGUUCGAUAAGGGCAAGGCGCCAAUGAGAAAGCCUUACCAGCGCCCAGCUGCCCAAGUGCCAAAUGCUGUGAGGGGAGCAGCCCCUGUUUCAAAGGAAGAUGUGACCUGCUACAAGUGCAAUGAGAAAGGACACUAUGCUAAUGAAUGUGGCAAGGAGAUUGUAUGCUGGAGAUGCCGAAAACCAGGACAUGUGGAGAGAAAUUGCCCGAGUGCUGCUAAAGCUGAGCCAGUGCUGAAUACCGCCAGAGGGAGACGACCAUCUGCUCCAGGUCGUGUCUUUGCUAUUUCUGGCGAACAGGCCGCUGUUACUGAUGACCUUAUCCAGGGUACGUGUCUUAUUGCUGGGACAUCACUAAUGGUUUUAUUUGAUUCGGGUGCCACGCACUCAUUCAUUGCUGAGGACUGUGUGGAGAGGUUAGGGUUACUGACUGCUGACCUACCCUUCGAUCUGGUGGUGACAACCCCUGCCGCUGAUCGACUAGUUACACGCACGGCAUGCUUGCAAUGUCCGUUGGUUUACGAGGAUCGGAAGUUCUUUGCGAACCUCGUCUGUUUAGGACUCAAAGAACUGGAUGUGAUCUUGGGAAUGGAUUGGUUAGCGCAAUAUCACGUGCUCUUAGAUUGUGCUAACAAGGCGGUAGUAUUCCCAGAUCCCGGUGUUACGGAUUACUUAAACUCGUACAACUUGGGGAAGGGUUCACCGGCGUAUGUGAACUCUAUCGUUGCCGAAGCGAAACAUGAUGGUGAUGUGCGCAAUAUCUUGGUGGUACAGGAGUAUGUCGACGUGUUUCCCGAAGAUGUACCCGGUUUGCCACCAGUCAGAGAGACGGAGUUCUCUAUUGACAUUGUGCCCGGUACUGGACCAAUAUCGAUGGCACCUUAUCGUAUGGCCCCAGCGGAGUUGGUAGAGUUGGCAAAGCAGUUGGAUGAUCUCUCCUCAAAGGGAUUCAUUCGACCUAGCGUAUCGCCAUGGGGUGCACCUGUGCUAUUGGUAAAGAAGAAGGAUGGGAAGUCCAGAUUGUGUGUGGAUUACCGGCAGCUGAAUAAGGUGACAGUGAAGAACCGUUAUCCGAUGCCUCGGAUAGACGACUUGAUGGAUCAACUUAGAGGAGCGGUGAUCUUCUCGAAGGUAGACCUUAAGUUAGGAUACCAUCAGAUCCGAGUCAAGGAAUCGGACAUCCAGAAGACCGCAUUCAGGACCCGAUACGGGCAUUAUGAAUAUCUUGUGAUGCCGUUUGGGGUUACUAAUGCACCCGCAGUGUUUAUGGACUACAUGAACAGAGUGUUCAGGCCAUUCCUGGACAAGUUCGUGGUCGUGUUCAUUGAUGAUAUUUUGAUUUACUCGAAGAGUAAGGAAGAACACGAAGAGCAUUUGCGUCAAGUGCUAGGAGUAUUGCGGGAGAAGGAGCUAUAUGCUAACGGCUCGAAGUGUGAAUUCUGGAUGGAAGAGGUGAAGUUCCUAGGUCAUGUCAUAUCAAGUCAGGGUGUGGCUGUUGACCCUAGCAAGAUCGAGACGAUUCUGUCAUGGGAGCAACCAUGUUUUUCUUAUGAGGUUUGGGUGAUGUGCUUGCUGGAAAUUUAUCAUGAUGCUAUGUAUGGCUAUGCUGUAAAGUGGGUUCGGCCGAACCCUAUUUCAAGGGGUUCGGAGUGUUUCUUUCUUUGA